AAGACAGAACUCGUCAUCUUUUCUCCCCCACGACAAACUUCAUCCAUAAUCCAUAGCCAUCUCCAUCUCCAUCUUUUUCCUCCAUCUCAAUCGUUCGUCCAGAAACUCAACCUCCAUCACUUUUAUCUUCUUCGACAACUACUCUACCAUUGAUUGUCUUCAUCUCUGUUUUUCUCCACACCUCCAUCGAUUUCGUCUCUGUCAUCAGUGAGGAAGAACUCAAUUUCACCUCACUCCUCCACCAUAAAUCGAGUUCCUUGAAUCUGUAUGGCUUCUUCUUCGGGUGAACGAAAGUAUCCUCCUCGUUUGUAUGAUGUUGGAAAAACCCCAAUUCAGGGUAGGAGCAUGAACCAUAGUUGUUUCAUGGCCAACAUUCAAGCGGUGCUAGAAGAUCUUGGGGAUGACGUUGCGUCUGACUUGAGGGAGUCAGCUGUUGGAGUGAUUUUGAAGCUCAAAGAGUUGAAGUACACUUGGUCUGCUUCUUGCGUUCACCAUUUUCUCGCCAAUCAAUUGGCCAUUGAGAGCAAUCAUGAGAUGUGGUCCUUGAUAGACUCUAUGCCACUGCGGUUCUCUCUUUAUGAGUUUGAGGAGAUUACGGGACUAAACUGUGAUCCUUUCGACAAGGAUGAGAUUUGGGAUGUGGAGCAUGAGAGUUUUUGGCUGAAGAUGAAUGUCCCGACUUCACAAGGACCUACAUUGAAAGAGCUCCAAGACAUUCUUCCUAUUUGCAGAAAUUGGCCUCGGGAGGAGCGAGUGAUGAUAGGUUUGUUGUGUGUGCUGUCCAUUGGGAUAUUUGGAAUUUCCAGCAACAGCAGACUCCCUUUGCAUUGUGCUAAAAGAGUGAUGGACCGAGAAGCUUUCCAGCGAUAUCCAUGGGGUCGUGUAGGAUUUAUCAGCCUCCUUGAGUCUAUUAAAGUACUCACAUAUGAAGGAAAGCAGAGUUACACACUUCAUGGCUGUGUCCAUGCUCUCUAUAUAUGGAUUUUUGAGCAUGUCCCUGGUCUAGGAGAGAAAUUUGGGAAUCGGAUAGAAGGAGCUGAUGUCCCUCUUCUCUCAUGGAGGGGAUCUCGUCCCCGUAUCAACUUCUCAGAUUUUUGUGCCCAAGAAAAAAGAAAGUAUCAGAAGGUUCGUGUGAGGCACAUGGUUGUCAAGCCAAUAGAGGAUAGAUAUCCGAAGUGGGACGAUAAUGAAGUGUCUAUUGAGCUGGAUAACAUGAUUCAGGACAUCCUCAAAGGUCAGCUUGAUGAAAAGUUUUGGGAAGUAACGGCUGCCACCAAAUCCAACAAGAGAAAAAUUCACGUGCACCCACCUGUUGUUCCAGAUACCACUGAUGUGGGUCCUUCUUCUAAGCGAAAGAAGGACAACGAACAUGGUGAUGGUUGUCAAGCAUCAGAAAUGGUUGUAGCUCACAACAUCGCUAUACUUGGGUUGGUUGAAUCGGUUAAGAUUAUGACUGCAAAAUUAGAUGGAAUCGAUGUUAAUGUGGCUGAUAAAGUUAGUGAGAAACUGGAAGCGACAAUACAAGCUAAAGUGGAUGCUAGGGUGUGUUUAUAUGAGAAAGAGUUUCUGGAGAAGAUUGCCAUGUUGCAGGAAGAGGUAAAGAAUCUUAAAGAGAAGCUGGGUGUAAACAUUCCUCCUGAUGUGGCCAAUUCCAAUGAUCAAAAUUCCAUUGCGCAAGAAGAGGAUGAUGAUUCUAGCAGUGCCUUGUCAUGGAUGGUUGAGAAGAAGAUAAAUUCACAAGAUGGUUUACCAAUUCAGUGUGUUGUUAAAAAGGAGAAAAAGGAAAAUACUGCCAUGAAGAAGGAGCGUAAGACCAGUGAUGUGAAAAAAAAAGGGAAGAAAGAUGAAGUGUCACUGAAGAAAGUGAAGAAGGAGAAAGCAUUUUCCAUCCCAGAACUGAAUGACAAAUCCAUCUCUUCAGAAGGUUGGAAUCAGCAUUUGCGGUGGGAAAAUAGUGAAGAGUGUAGACAAGCGUUGGAAGCAAUUGCUUCAACUUUGGAGGAGCCUACACGUAGAAGAAAACCCCAGUUGACGAAGACUCAAGUAUGGCCGUACGUAGGGAAUUCAACCGUCAAACGUAUAAUCACUGGUGUCACUCCAUCUAAGGUGUCCUACGACCCAUUUGCUAAAGUCGAAUCUCAGAAAUUGGUGAAAGUUUUGGAUUUUAUUAAGCGAGAUUUGGAAAAAAAGCACUCUCAAUAUGGUGGAUAUAGUGAGCUUUGCGCUCAGUUUUACUUAAAGUUGAUGGUGCCAAGAAAUGUGUGGCCAACAGAAAAUUAUGGCUGGCUGUGUGACUCUCACAUUGCCGCAGCAAUGCUCAUGUUUCACAGACGUUCCAUGCAAUCCACAUCUCCAUAUGCUUCCCCUCGAAUUGCAUUUCUAGAUCAGUGGUUCGUGAAGUCAUGGGUUUCUGACUUCGAAAAGCAGGACAAGAAGAAAAUUGAGGUGUCAGAUAUAUACAUCAAGGCUUUCAAUGGAGAGUACCCGGAGGAGUUUGUGACAGGUAAGAAGUGGUUUGAAGAUGUCGACAGCUUGUUCCUCUGCCACCUUAUUAAUGGAAAUCACUGGGUUGCUCUACACAUUGAUUUAAAGAAGGCGACAAUCAAUGUAUAUGAUAGUAUUCCGAGUGUGGUGAAGGAUCAGAAGCAGCUGCAGGAGGAGUGCAGGCCAUUCACAAAAAUGAUUCCACUGGUGCUUAACAAGAUGCUGCCUCCAGAACUAGGAAAGAAGUCCGAGCAGCAGUUCGCCUUACGUAGGCACAAAAAGAUCCCCCAUAACGAUGAUCCGGGAGAUUGUGGUGUGUACUCUUUGAAAUACAUUGAAUGUCUGGCUGUUGGAUGUACUUUUGUGGGCUUAAGUGAUACGAUCAUACCGGCACAAAGAAUGAAGUUGGCAGCUGAGAUUUAUGAAGAGGUGGCAGAGGUUGUUGCAGAAGGAUGAUUUACUUUUCUUGUUGCUGUCAGUUGGAUUAUGAUAAUUUAAACGUUGUAGGACGUGUGACUUGGAUGAUUUUUUUUCAGUACUUGUAGUAGUAAGUAAAACAUUACUUAACAUGGAUGGUUUUUUAUUUUAGUACCUGGUUGCU